GAAUGUACGGUGGAGUGGCGUGGACUCUGACCCUGGCGGUGCUGACGAGUGGCCGGGAGCAGCCAGCAGAGAGCAGGGUGAUCAGCAGCCCGGACUACUUCCCCCAGGACUACAACGGCGGGGUGGAGUUCAAGUACCACGACUAUGAGGACAUGACCAAGUUCCUGAGGACCACGUCGUCCAGGUAUCCCAACCUCACCGCGCUCUACUCCAUCGGAAAAUCCGUCCAAGGAAGGGAUCUCUGGGUUAUGGUAGUUUCUUCCUCGCCAUACGAACACAUGAUUGGAAAACCAGACGUCAAGUACGUGGCCAACAUGCACGGAAAUGAGGCUGUCGGAAGAGAAUUGAUGCUUCAUUUGAUACAGUAUCUCGUGAAUAGUUACAAUGAUGAUCCAUACAUAAAAUGGUUACUUGAUAAUACAAGGAUACAUAUUCUGCCAUCUAUGAAUCCCGAUGGAUUUGAAGUAGCGAGGGAAGGGCAAUGUGAAGGAGGGCAAGGAAGGUAUAAUGCUCGUGGUUUCGACUUGAACCGAAACUUUCCAGACUAUUUCAAACAGAAUAAUAAAAGAGGGCAGCCUGAAACCGAUGCUGUCAAAGAAUGGACUUCGAAGAUCCAGUUCGUUCUUUCAGGGGGCCUCCAUGGCGGAGCUUUAGUAGCCAGUUAUCCUUUUGAUAAUACACCCAAUUCAAUGUUUCAGAGUUAUUCAUCAUCUCCUUCAUUAACUCCAGAUGAAGACGUUUUUAAGCACUUGUCUCUCGUUUACUCGCAGAACCAUCCAACUAUGCACAAAGGAAGAGCUUGCAAAGCUGGAAGUCCAGCAUUCCAAGAUGGAAUUACUAAUGGUGCAGCUUGGUACCCGUUAACAGGCGGAAUGCAGGAUUUCAACUAUGUCUGGUAUGGAUGUAUGGAGAUAACUUUGGAACUUUCAUGCUGCAAAUAUCCACCAGAAUCUGACUUGAAGAAGUAUUGGGAUGACAACAGAUUGCCAUUAGUGAAAUUCCUCGCUGAAGCUCAUAGAGGAGUCCAAGGUUUCGUUCUUGAUGAAAACAACAGCCCUAUUGAGAAGGCUUCUUUGAAGAUAAAAUCGAGAGAUGUUGGGUUCCAAACAACUAAAUAUGGCGAAUUUUGGAGAAUUUUGUUACCUGGUGUCUACAAACUUGAGGUAUAUGCUGAUGGAUACAGCCCUCGGGAAAUCGACUUCAUGGUUGUAGAGCAGCAUCCAACACUUCUUAAUGUUACAUUGUUCCCUGCUAAGGUCAGUAAUGGUCAUGUUCAGGCACCUUUUAAACAAGAUAAAAUAAAGUUAACAACAUUACGACUUUCAUUCCAAGGCAAUCACAAGUAUAUUAAUAAGGACUUUUAUUUUCCUACUAACUAA